AUGGCGCAAGGGCUGGAGGUGGCCCUGACAGACCUCCAGAGCUCCCGGAACAAUCUGCGCCACCACACGGAAGAGAUCAGCACUGAACGCCUCCUUGUUCGCCGGGGCCAGGCCUUUAAUAUCACUCUAUACUUCAGGACCCGGGGCUUCCAGCCUGGUCUGGACAACAUCAUUUUUGUGGUUGAGACAGGACCACUGCCAGAACUGGCCAAGGGCACUCAGGCCAUGUUCAGCCUGACAGGCCGUCAGGGCCCAUGGAUCGCCUCAAUAGAGAAUAACAGUCCCACUUCCCUGGAGGUGAGCAUGUGCGCACCUCCCAUGGCGGCCGUGGGUCGGUACCGCUUGAAGGUCCGCAUAGAUACCUUCCAAGGGCCGACCGUGGCCUACCAGCUUGGGGAGUUCAUCCUGCUCUUCAAUCCCUGGUGUUCAGGGGACACUGUCUACCUGGACAGCGAGCCCCAGAGGCAGGAGUAUGUGGUGAAUGACUAUGGCUUCAUCUACCAAGGUAAUAAGAACUGGAUUCAGCCUUGCCCCUGGAACUAUGGACAGUUUGAAGAGAAUAUCAUAGACAUCUGCCUGGAGCUGCUAGACAAGAGCCUAUACUUUCAGCUGGACCCAGCCAUCGACUGUGCCUUGAGGGGCAGCCCCGUGUACAUCAGCAGAGUGGUGUGUGCCAUGAUCAACAGCAAUGAUGACAACGGGGUGCUCAACGGAAACUGGAGUGAGAAUUACUCAGAUGGCACGAACCCUGCAGAAUGGACGGGCAGCGUGGCCAUCCUGAAGCAGUGGCACGCCACAGGAUGCCAGCCAGUGAGAUACGGGCAGUGCUGGGUCUUUGCCGCUGUCAUGUGCACAGUGAUGAGAUGCCUGGGGGUCCCCACCCGCGUGAUCACCAACUUUGACUCUGGCCAUGACACUGAUGGAAACCUAAUCAUAGACGAGUACUACGACAACACAGGCAGGAUUCUGGAAAACAAGAAGAAGGACACUGUUUGGAAUUACCACGUGUGGAAUGAGUGCUGGAUGGCCAGGAAGGACCUCCCAGCCGGAUACGGAGGCUGGCAGGUGCUGGAUGCCACACCCCAGGAGACGAGCAAUGGCCUCUACUGCUGUGGCCCAGCCUCCGUCAGGGCCAUCAAAGAGGGAGAGGUGGACCUGAAAUAUGACACACCCUUUGCCUUCUCCAUGGUGAAUGCUGACUGCAUGUCCUGGCUGGUCUAUGGAGGGAAGGAGCAGAAAUUGUACCGGGACACAAGCACUGUUGGCAACUUCAUCAGCACCAAGAGCAUCCAGAGUGAUGAUCGGGAUGAUAUCACAGAGAACUACAAGUAUGGGGAAGGUUCCCCUGAGGAGAGGCGGGUGUUUCUGAAGGCUCUGCAGAAGCUGAAGGCCAGGAGGUCCCACAGCUCCCACCCUGCAGAGCUGCAGCCCUCCCAGCCCCCACCACUCAGCAGAACUAGCCCUCGGGGCCUCGGAAACCCACCGCCUCAGCCCAGCGACGUCAUGCAGGUCUCCCUGAGAUUCCAGCUGCUCGACCCACCCAACAUGGGCCAGGACAUACGGUUCGUCCUGCUGGCUCUCAACAUGUCGUCCCAGUUCAAGGACCUCAAGGUGAACCUGAGUGCCCAGUCCCUGCUGCACGACGGCAGCCCCCUGGCCCCAUUCUGGCAGGACACAGCCUUCUUCACGCUCGCUCCUAAAGAAGCCAAGAGCCAUCCCUGCCUGGUCCCCUACACCCAGUACAACCAGUACCUGUCCACGGACAAGGUGAUCCGCCUCAGUGCCCUUGGUGAAGAGAAGAACUGCCCCGAGAAGAUCUUGGUGAACAAGAUGAUCACUCUAGCCUACCCCGGCAUCAUGAUCAAUGUUUUAGGACCAGCUGUUGUAAACCAGCCACUCUCGGUGCAGGUAAUUUUUUCAAACCCCCUUCUGGAGCCUGUGGCUGACUGUGUGCUGACAGUGGAAGGAAGUGGCCUCUUCAAGAAACAGCAGAGAGUCCUCAUUGGAAUCCUUAAACCCCAACACAGAGCCAGCAUCACUCUGGAAACGGUCCCUUUCAAGAGUGGUCAGAGGCAGAUUCAAGCCAACCUGAGCAGCGACAAGUUUAAGGACAUCAAGGGCUACAAGAUGGUCUAUGUAGACUGUGGAUUCUAG